AGCUAUCUUCUAAUCCUUUACUCCCUACUUGUAUAAUAAUUUUGAUUUACUAUAAAAUUGUUGACAAAAUAAACUGAUACUCAUGAUAGCUCUAUGUUUCAAAUCGAGAAGGUAUCCGGAUCUGAAUCCGGAUUCGAACUAUCCAUUUUGUAUUCGCAUCCGAUGAGAUCCGCAUUCGCAUUCGUAUCCAGAUUAAAAUGUGGUAAAAGUUGACAUCCGGAUCCGAUUUCAUCCGUAUCCGAUUUGAAUCCAUCCUUACUGAAAGUUGCCGCUGGAGCUGGACGCCACCACUGACGCCCACCAAAAGGAUCAGAGAGAGAGAAGCAGCAGGAGGACAGACAUGAACAUCAUGCAGGAUUAGUACUAAAAUCAUGGAAGCAUGGGUCUGCCGUCUGUGGGGGGGACGCGCAUUUCGAGGCAAUUAUACAAUGAUAUGCCGCGCUGGUCCUCUCGAGGUGAUGACGAUCGAGCCUGCUCCUGCACCAACAACCACACACGGAGGGAGAGCGAGAGUGAGACUGGCUAUGCUUCUUCUCCCAGCUUCUUCCUUCCUCGUCACUGCCAUCCAUCCAUGCACACCUUCACACACAUACGCAUACUGGCAUACUGCCAUGGAGUAGAGUAGAUUGUAUUUAACCUUGGGUUGGUUGCCCUUGCCCUGCUGAAGAUGGGAGCUGGAGAGCAACGAGACAAGCGCGGCGGUGCGCGCGCGUCGCGACAGCUCUAGAAGAGAGGAGGAGAGACCGCAGCAGAAGCAGCCACGCUCCUAACCCCCCCUCUCUCCCCUGAUCCUAAUACAAAAUUCAGGGCGUCAGCAGGUGCCCCCAAAAGAGAUCCGCUCUGAUAGAUGGAUCCCCCACGCUGCAUCGUCGUCAGCCCAAUCAUUGCCUCAUUUGUUCCCUUCCUCCUCCUCGUCUUCUCCUCCUCCGUCGUCAUCCUGGCCUCGGCUGGAGGCGGCGGCGGCGGCGGCAACGGCACGGCGGCGCCGUUCCGGUCGGCCGAGGAGCUGCUCCGGUUCCAGAGGAUCAAGGCCCGGCUCGCCAGGACCAGGGACGCCUCCGUCAAGACCAUCCAGAGCCCCGAUGGCGAUGUCAUCGACUGCGUGCCGACGCACCUGCAGCCCGCGUUCGAGCAUCCCAAGCUCAGGGGCCACAAGCCAGAGAGAGAGCCAGCCGAGAGGCCGCGGAGCUGCGGUGGUCGCGCCGGCGCUGAUGGUCGAGACGACGAGGAGGCAUUGCCGCAGGCGUGGCGGCGCUCCGGCGAGUCGUGCCCGGAGGGGACGAUACCGGUGCGGCGGACCACGGAGGCCGACGUGCUCCGGGCCAGCUCCGUCGCCCGGUUCGGGAUGAAGGCCCGGGGCGCCGGCGGCGGCGGCUUCGCGCGGCGCGACUCCACCGGCAGCGGCCACGAGCACGCGGUGGGGUACGUGUCGGGGGGCCAGUUCUACGGCGCCAAGGCGAGCCUGAACGUGUGGCCGGCGCAGGUGGCGUCGCCGGCGGAGUUCAGCCUCUCGCAGAUCUGGGUCAUCUCCGGCGCCUUCGGCAACGACCUCAACACCAUCGAGGCUGGCUGGCAGGUAAGCCCCCAGCUGUACGGUGACAACAACCCAAGGUUCUUCACAUACUGGACAGACGACGCGUACCGGGAGACCGGCUGCUACAACCUGCACUGCUCGGGGUUCGUGCAGACGAGCAGCCGCGUGGCCAUCGGCGCCGCCAUCUCGCCGGCCUCGUCCUACGGCGGCCGGCAGUUCGACAUCGCCGUGCUCAUCUGGAAGGACCCGCGGCGGGGCCACUGGUGGCUGCAGCUCGGCUCCGGCGGCGCGCUCGUCGGCUACUGGCCGUCCUCGCUGUUCACGCACCUGGGCUCCCGCGCCGACAUGGUGCAGUUCGGCGGCGAGGUCGUGAACGCGCGGCCGGCCGGCGCGCCGCACACGCCCACGCAGAUGGGCUCCGGCCGCUUCCCCGGGGAAGGGUACGCUCGCGCCGCCUACUUCCGCAACCUGCAGGUCGUCGACUGGGACAACAGCCUCGUGCCCGCCGCGGGGCUCCGCCUCCUCGCCGACCGGCCGGGGUGCUACGACAUCGCCGGCGGCAGCGGCGGCGCCUGGGGCACCUACUUCUACUACGGCGGGCCGGGCAGGAACGCACGGUGCCCGUAGGUUGCAGGACGGAGUAGCUAGGAACGGUACCGGAUGGGUGUUUCUUUCUUUACGUACGUGCUGAUCACUGAUCAAGAACAAGGCAAAUAUAUGUGGCAAAAUUAAAGCUUUGAUUCUUUUUUUCCCCUUCA